AGGAAAAUGGAAAACUCAACACAAUUCACGUCAUUUAUGCUUGCUGGAUAUAGUGACAGUGGACACUUAAAGUACAUCUAUUUGAUUAUAUUAACUGUGUUAUACAUCUCCAUAGUCUUUGCGAACAUUGUACUAAUCAUGGUUAUAUGCAUGGAGAGAAGCCUUCAUGAACCCAUGUAUCUGUUUCUGUGCAGUUUGUUUGUGAAUGAGUUGUAUGGUAGCACUGCUUUGUUUCCUGCUCUUAUGAUUCAUUUGGUUUCAGAUGCCCAUUCAGUUUCCACUGUGUACUGUUACCUACAGAUCUUUUGCAUAUACACAUAUGGAUCUAUGGAAUUCUGCAAUUUAUCAGUCAUGUCCUAUGACAGGUACCUUGCUAUAUGUUAUCCACUACAGUAUAAUGUCAUCAUGACACCCAACAGGGUGUGUUUUUUAAUUUGUGUAAUAUGGUUGUACCCUAUUGCAAAAAGCAUCUUAACACUGUCUUUAACUAUUCGUUUGAAAUUGUGUGGGAACGUUAUAGACAAAGUGUACUGUGACAACUACCUGGUAGUGAAACUUGCUUGUUCAACUUCAGACACAACAGUUAAUAACAUCUAUGGACUCUCCAGUCUUGUUUUGUCUGUUGUUGUCCCUUUAAUUACUAUUUUGUUUUCUUAUAUUAAGAUUCUGACAAUUUGUUUGAAAUCUUCCAUUGAGACCAGACAGAAAGCUUUCAGCACCUGUACUCCUCAUCUGGCCUCGCUGCUCAACUUCUCUUUCGGCUGUUUCUUAAAUCUGCUCCAGAGUAGAUUUGAUAGCCCUAUGAGAAAUAUUCCAACUGUACUUCGCACUAUUUUAUCAGUGUACUUUCUGAUGUGCCAGCCACUUUUGAACCCUAUUAUGUAUGGCGUUAGGAUGACUAAAAUCAGACAGGCUUGUAAAUACAUACUACCUGUAGGUCUGUACCCUAAAACAUAA